AUGCCGGGGUCGGUGGAAUUGUUUAUGUUUUUCAUGCUUUUGCAGAUGCUAUUGAGCGUGCUGGUGGUUGGCUUCUUUCACUGUCUUGUCAAUUAUCAGCAUAUUCCGGGGAAACCAAUCAGGGAUGAGCUGGGAGACAUCGGGAACCUCACAAAAGAUCGAAUAGAGGAGAUCCUGAAGGAUUUCCUAGAAGAUUUCCGGCAGGGUCAACUAGAAGCCAAAGGCUGGCUUGGGAACAUCUCUGCAUACAAGAUGUCAAAAGCAGCACUGAUUGCUUACACCAGUUUCCUAGCGAAGGAGAUCCCGUCAGUCCUUGUGAACAGCAUUUGCCCAGGCUUUGUCAAGACCGAUAUAAACGGCAACAAUGGAGUCCUAAGCGCUCAAGAGGGAGCAGAGAGCCCUGUCUACCUGGCUCUUCUUCCAGAAACUGGGCCUUCUGGCCUUUUAUUCUCCAAGAAAGAAGUCUGUUCUUUCUGAGAAACAAAGCUUGUUAAAUAUCAUAAUCAUCCAUUGACAAUGAUAAAUAAACAAUAAACAUGCA